UCCGGCAAAGGGAGCGAUGCGCUUCGCCUGGACCUCACUUCUGCUCGGGUUGCUGCAGCUCUGCGCACCGGUGCGCUGCGCCCCGCCGGCCACUGGCCAGCAACAGCCCCCUCGCGAGCCGCCGGCAGCUCCCGGCGCCUGGCGCCAGAAGAUCCAAUGGGAGAACAACGGGCAGGUGUUCAGCCUGCUGAGCCUGGGCUCACAGUACCAGCCACAGCGGCGACGGGACCCUGGCGCCACCGCCCCAGGCGCAGCCAACGCCACCACCCCGCAGCUGCGCACGCCAAUCCUGCUGCUCCGCAACAACCGCACUGCUGCGGCGCGGGCGCGAACCGCCCUCUCGUCCGGAGCCGUCGCCGGCCGCCCCAGGCCCGCAGCCCGCCAUUGGUUCCAAGCUGGCUAUUCGACGUCUGGGGCUCGCGACGCUGGGGCCUCGAGUGCCGGUAACCAGACGGCACCUGGAGAGCUCCCAGCGCUCAGUAAUCUGCAGCCACCCAGCCGCGUGGACGUGGACGGCAUGGUGGGCGAUGACCCGUACAAUCCUUACAAGUACUCCGACGACAACCCUUAUUACAACUACUAUGACACGUACGAAAGGCCCCGGCCUGGGAGCAGGUAUCGGCCCGGAUAUGGAACAGGCUACUUCCAGUACGGUCUUCCUGAUCUGGUGCCUGACCCUUACUACAUCCAGGCAUCCACGUAUGUGCAGAAGAUGUCCAUGUACAACCUGAGAUGCGCUGCGGAGGAAAACUGCUUGGCCAGCACAGCAUACAGGGCAGAUGUCAGAGAUUAUGAUCAUAGGGUGCUGCUAAGAUUUCCCCAAAGAGUGAAAAAUCAAGGGACAUCAGAUUUCUUACCAAGCCGACCAAGAUAUUCCUGGGAAUGGCACAGCUGUCACCAACAUUACCACAGCAUGGACGAAUUCAGCCACUACGACCUGCUUGAUGCCAGCACCCAGAGGAGAGUGGCUGAAGGCCACAAAGCAAGUUUCUGUCUUGAGGACACAUCCUGUGACUACGGCUACCACAGGCGAUUUGCCUGUACUGCACACACACAGGGAUUGAGUCCUGGCUGCUAUGAUACAUAUAAUGCAGAUAUAGACUGUCAGUGGAUUGAUAUUACAGAUGUAAAACCUGGAAACUACAUUCUAAAGGUCAGUGUGAACCCCAGCUACCUGGUGCCUGAGUCAGACUAUUCCAACAAUGUCGUUCGCUGUGAAAUUCGCUACACAGGACAUCAUGCAUAUGCCUCGGGCUGCACAAUUUCACCGUAUUAGAAAGCAACUCCCAAUGGAUAAAUCAGUGCCUGAUGUUCUGAAGUGGGAAAAAAUAGAUUAACUUCAGUAGGAUUUAUGUAUUUUUGAAAGAACAGAAAACAACAAAGUAGUUUUUGUUUUGGACUAUUUUAUAACAAAGCACAUAACUGGAUCUUGAACAUUUAAAUCGGCAUAUUUUGAGAAAUUCUUGAAAUUAUUAUUCACACUACUUUGUGAUUAACAGUGUUUCAAUUCUAUAAUUGCACACUUGGCUCUUUCAAGAAAUCCAAAUUUCUUAUGCUCCUUUUGAAAUUAUAGUGCAAAA